GUGAGUAGUGUUUAUUGUGUACGUUUCCCGGAUGGACGGUCGUUAGUUGAUGAUGAUGGCGACGGUUUGAAUAAAAAUUCAAUUUGAAACAACAACAACAAGAAAACAAACACUGCACUGCAUUGAAGUACUGCAACAACAAAACAGUGAAGGCGCAUGCAAUUUUCGGGUGCAGCGAAUUUGUGUUAACGCGUUUGAAAAAAGCAAAAACUAUUCUGUGAAUUUACAAUUUGAAGUGCAAAACAAAACGAAAGAAUUUAGUGAAACUAAUAGAAUUGCAAAUAAAUCUGCGUAUAAGAAAUAUAAUUUGUUUGUGUGCAUUACGGCAGUGAGUGAAAUGCAGCUGCAGGCGACCGUCAGCACCUUCCAUUAGCAUUACAGCAUCGUCAGCGCAUAGCGAAAGCAUCAGCGCCGUCGCCGCCGCUAGCUAACAAAUAUGCUGUUCGUCCAUGUAAUAGCCGCUCGAGCUUGUCGCAUGGGUCGCGUUGGAAUUUAAUUGAAAUUAAAUUCAUCCGGUUAAACGAUACCAAGCUUUGGUUAAUUCUGCGCUUGAAAAACAAAAAGCAAAAACGAAAACAACGGAAGAUCGGCUAAAACGAGCAUAUUACCGAAAAGCAACGAGUAACAUUGAACGAAAAUUGUUGUAAAUUAAAGGAAACGACUGUGAAAACGCAAAAAAAUAAUAAGAAGUGAGUGAAGUUAAGUGAAGAAAGCAUAAGCAAAGGCAUGUAAAUGUAGGAAAACAACAAAUUUAAAGGAAUGAAAAAUAAAUAUUGAAAUCAAGCAGUGUACUGAUGCUUAUACUGAGUGCAUACACAACCUUUUUGGUACUAGCAGGAUAACACAUUGAAAUAGUUUGCAAGUAUUAUUGAAUUUAGAAUUGGCAAAAUAUAUUUAUAUACAUAUGUACAUCUAAAUAUGUAUAUAGUGAAAAUUUGAUAUCAGCAAAAUUUCAAUUUUAUGUGUAGUGCUAAAUACAAAACUAAGAGUGUACAAAAGCCAAGCGCAAACGAAUGAUUUCCAAACAAAAAUAAAUAUUUUCCAAUUAAAAAAUAAUAAAAACAAACAACAACAUAUAUUUUCCAAUUAAAAAUAAUAAAACAUAUUUAAUAAAUGAGAAAAAAAAUAUUAUCAAAAAAGUAAAUAAAAAAACUUGCAAAUUUUGUAAAAUCGAUUUGUUCAGAAAAAACAAUUAGAAAUAAAAAAAAUCCGCAAACUACUUUUCAAGCUUACACUGCUAAAAAUUUGUAACUUAAAGUGCAUUUGCGAAACAAAAAAAGAAAUCGAAAUCUAUAUCAAUAUAUAUUGAGCAUAAAUUAUGCAUAAGUAAGCCAACUGAUUGGCAGAAAUAUGUUUCUCCCAUUUGUGUAAUUAACAAAAGUAUAUUUGAGUUUCGGUAAAAAUUGUAUCAUUACAAGACUUCAAAGAGAUACUUUCAUCAUAAGCGCGGCAACGCAUGCGCUUUGGUGUACUCAUUUAAAACUUUUAGAAGUUUGAUUCGUCAAGCAUUCGAAAACGGGCGAAUCAUAUAGAAAAUUUUCGUUUCACGUGCAAGUUACACAAAACUGGAUUAUCAAAAUGUGGCUGUUGAUCAACAACAACACAUUUCCUAAAUCGGAUAUAUUUUGGAUAAAACUGCUGACUAGUCUGCUGCUGAUUUGUGGAUUUAUAGGCGGCGGCAAUGCAGCGGGCUCUUCAUGCUUAUCUGUGGGUUGUAAAAAUGGCGGCACGUGCAUUACACAAAGCAACGGACACUCCUUUUGCAAUUGCAGCUCACGCUAUGUCGGCGAAUAUUGUGAACAUUUGAAUCCUUGCUUUACCGGUUUGCUGCGCUGUCAAAAUGGCGGCACCUGUCAACCCUCAUAUCGUAUUGAUCGCCUUGGCAUCUCUUGCAUAUGUCCGCUCGGCUUUACCGAGUCUUUAUGCGAGAUACGUGUGCCGAACGCCUGCGAUUCAUCGCCCUGUCGUAAUGGCGGUUCAUGUAACCUCAAAACGUUGGAUGAUUACACAUGCUCCUGCAUGAAUGGCUAUACAGGUGAAUACUGCGAGACACAAAAUCUCUGUGCCACAUCACCCUGCCACAAUGGCGGCACCUGCACCUCCGUUGCCGGCGGCAAUAGUUUCAAAUGCUUAUGCCCGAAAGGCUUUAAAGGCCAAACCUGCGCCGAAGACGUGAUCGAGUGCGAGGCGAAUCCGUGCAAACAUGGCGGCACCUGCAAAAAUACACAUGGCUCCUAUCAAUGCAUGUGUCCUGGCGGCUAUACAGGCAAAAAUUGCGAAUCCAAGUACAUUCCGUGUGCGCCAUCGCCGUGUCAGAAUGGCGGCACUUGUCGUCAGUCGAAUGGUCUAAUGUACGAGUGCAAAUGCCCACCUGGCUUUCGUGGCAAGCAUUGCGAAGAAAAUAUCGAUGACUGUCCCGGGAAUUUAUGCCAGAACGGCGGUACUUGCAUAGAUGGCAUUAAUACAUACCGUUGUACCUGCCCGCCAAAUUUUACCGGCGAACUGUGUGAAGAAGAUGUGGAUGAGUGCGCGAUGAGACCUUCGGUAUGUCAGAAUGGCGCAACUUGCACCAAUACACACGGCAACUAUUCCUGCAUAUGCGUGAACGGCUGGGAGGGUAGAGAUUGCAGCGAUAAUGUGGACGAUUGUGUGGCAGCCGCCUGUUUCUACGGCGCCACUUGUAUAGAUGGUGUGGGAUCUUUCUAUUGCCGUUGCACACCCGGCAAGACGGGUCUGCUGUGCCACUUGGAUGAUGCCUGUACGUCGAAUCCGUGCCAUAAGGAUGCCAUAUGUGACACUAGCCCCAUAAAUGGUUCUUACACGUGCUCCUGUGCCACCGGUUAUAAAGGUGUGGAUUGUUCGGAGGAUAUUGAUGAGUGCGAUCAGGGUUCACCUUGUGAACAUAACGGUAUCUGUGUGAAUACACCCGGCUCGUUUAGAUGUAAUUGCUCGCAGGGUUUUACGGGUCCACGUUGUGAGACGAAUAUAAACGAGUGCGAAUCACAUCCUUGUCAGAAUGAGGGUAGUUGUUUGGAUGAUCCCGGCACUUUCCGUUGCGUAUGUAUGCCCGGUUUUGCUGGCACACAGUGCGAAAUCGAUAUUGAUGAAUGCCAAUCGAACCCCUGCUUGAACGGUGCCACCUGCCACGACAUGAUUAACGGGUUUAAAUGUUCCUGUGCGCUCGGGUUUGCGGGCACACGUUGCCAAAUCAAUAUAGAUGAUUGCCAGUCGCAACCAUGUCGUAAUAAUGGUAUAUGUCACGAUUCCAUAGCCGGUUAUACGUGUGAGUGUCCGCCUGGUUAUACGGGCACAUCUUGUCAGAUUAACAUCAAUGAUUGUGAUUCGAAUCCCUGUCAUCGUGGUAAGUGUAUCGAUGGUGAUAACUCGUUCAAGUGCGUCUGCGAUCCAGGCUUCACCGGUUACCUUUGCCAAACGCAAAUCAAUGAAUGUGAGUCCAAUCCUUGUCAGUUUGGUGGACAUUGUAUCGAUCGCGUCGGUUCGUACCUCUGUAAGUGUUUGCCGGGCACAUCGGGCAAGAACUGUGAAAUCAAUGUGAAUGAGUGCCACAGCAAUCCGUGCAACAAUGGUGCCACCUGUAUUGACGGCAUCAAUAAAUACACCUGCGAAUGUGUGAAGGGAUUUACUGGACUCCAUUGUGAGAUUAACAUCAAUGAGUGCGCCUCGAAUCCUUGCGCCAAUAAUGGCGUCUGCAUGGACAUGGUUAACGGCUAUAAAUGCGAAUGUCCACGCGGCUUCUAUGAUGCGCGCUGUCUGAGUGAUGUGGACGAGUGUGCUUCGAACCCGUGCAUCAAUGGCGGUCGUUGUGAGGAUGGCAUUAACGAGUUCAUCUGCCAUUGCCCACCCGGUUAUGGUGGCAAACGCUGUGAGAUUGAUAUCGAUGAGUGCAGUUCUAAUCCAUGCCAACAUGGCGGCAUCUGUAUUGACCAACUCAACUCCUUCCAAUGUCAGUGUAUGCCCGGCUAUACGGGAUAUCGUUGUGAAACAAAUAUUGACGACUGUUUGAUUAAUCCGUGUGUAAAUGGCGGUUCUUGUAUUGAUUUGGUGAAUGGCUACAAGUGCGUUUGUAAAGUACCGUUCACUGGUAGGGAUUGCGAGUCCAAAAUGGAUCCUUGUUCGACGCACCGCUGUCGUAACGACGCCAAAUGCACACCUUCGCCCAACUUUCUGGAUUUCUCUUGCACCUGUAAGCUUGGCUAUACUGGACGUUAUUGUGAUGAGGAUAUCGAUGAAUGUGCGCUCUCGUCGCCCUGUCGGAAUGGUGCGACCUGCUUAAAUGUGCCUGGUACUUAUAAGUGCCUCUGCGCGAAGGGUUAUGAAGGCCGUGACUGUGCCAUCAAUACCGACGAUUGUGCUUCUUUCCCCUGUCAGAAUGGCGGCACUUGCUUGGAUGGCAUAGGCGACUACACAUGCCUCUGCGUCGAUGGUUUCGACGGCAAACAUUGCGAAACCGACAUUAAUGAAUGCUUGAGUUUACCCUGUCAGAAUGGUGCUACGUGUCGGCAGUAUGUAAACUCCUAUACCUGUACAUGUCCGCUCGGCUUCUCGGGCAUCAAUUGUCAAACGAACGAUGAGGAUUGUACAGAGAGUUCCUGCAUGAAUGGCGGCACGUGUAUUGACGGCAUUAACAGCUACAACUGCUCAUGUUUACCCGUUUUCACCGGCUCCAAUUGUCAGUAUAAGAUCAAUAAGUGCGACUCGCAGCCCUGUCAGAAUGGCGCCACGUGUCACGAGAGUGGUGAUGAGUACACAUGCCAUUGCCCACAUGGUUACACGGGCAAACAGUGUACGGAAUAUAUAGACUGGUGCUCUCAGUCGCCCUGUGAGAAUGGGGCCACUUGCUCACAAAUCAAAAACCAAUAUAAUUGCAAGUGUGACGCCGGCUGGACGGGCAAACUUUGUGAUGUGGAGAUGGUUUCCUGCGAAGUGGCGGCUAUGCGUAAGCAAGUGGGUCUGAAACAGCUGUGCAACAACGGAACUUGCAAAGAGAUGGGCAAUAUGCAUUUGUGUCUCUGCAAACAAGGCUACACAGGCAGUUACUGUCAAACGGAUAUCAACGAGUGUGAGGCACAACCUUGUCAAAACGGUGGCACUUGCUUGGAUCGUGUGGGCGAGUACAAAUGCAUUUGUCCAAAGGGUUUCCAAGGACAGAACUGUGAAUUGAAUAUCGAUGACUGCUCACCGAAUCCAUGUCAGAAUGGUGGUACUUGCCACGAUUUGGUACAAUCCUUCAGCUGCUCUUGCCCGCCGGGCACAUUGGGUAUCAUCUGUGAAAUUAAUCAGGAGGAUUGCGUACCAGGUGCCUGCCAUAACAACGGCACCUGUAUUGAUCGUGUUGGUGGUUUUGAGUGCGCAUGUCCGGCUGGUUUUGUGGGCUCUCGUUGCGAGGGUGACAUCAAUGAGUGUCUUUCAAAUCCCUGCUCCAAUGCGGGUACUUUGGACUGUGUACAGCUGGUGAACAACUAUCAUUGCAACUGCAAACCUGGUUAUAUGGGACGUCAUUGCGAAAUUAAAGUCGACUUUUGCGCCAACUCGCCAUGUCAAAAUGGCGGCAUUUGCUCAACGAAGCAGUCGGGACAUCACUGUGUCUGUCAGGUUGGCUUCUACGGCAAGAAUUGCGAAUUCUCUGGCAAUGAUUGCGAUUCAAACCCCUGUCAAGCCGGUAACUGUGUGGUGGACAUGAUACGUGGCUAUCGUUGCGAGUGUCCGCCCGGCACCGAAGGUGUGCAGUGCGAAAUCGACACUUUGGAUGAGUGCGCUUCGAAUCCGUGUCUACAGGGCGCUGCAUGUGAGAACUUACUCGGCGAUUUUGUGUGUUUCUGUCCCAGCAAAUGGCCAGGCAAACGUUGUGAAAUUUAUGAUGCUAACUACCCCGGCUGGGCUUCGGAUACUAGUCGUGGUCCACUUAACAAAUACACGAAAGACUUGGAGUACCAACGUGAAAUGUGCAUCAAGCGUGGUUGUGAACAAAAGAAAGGAAAUCAUAAAUGUGACCAAGAGUGCAACACCUACGCUUGCAACUUCGAUGGCAACGACUGUUCGCUGGGCAUCAAUCCGUGGGUAAAUUGCAGCGCCAAGAUCGAAUGUUGGCUCGUCUUCAUGGACGGGCAUUGUAAUGAGGAGUGUAAUAAUGCGGCUUGCCUCUUCGAUGGUCGCGACUGUGCCAAGAAACUACAACCAUGCAAUCCCACUUAUGAAGCUUACUGCCAGAAACACUACGCUGACGGACACUGCGAUUAUGGCUGCAACAAUGCCGAGUGCAACUGGGAUGGUCUGGAUUGUGAGAAUAAUCUCGAGCAACCGAAUCUAGCGGAUGGCGCCAUCUCGGUGGUAAUGUUGAUGGAUGUCAAAACUUUCCAUGAGAAACAAGUCGAAUUCUUACGUGAGAUGGGUCAUGUAUUGCGCACUACGGUACGCGUCAAAAAGGACUCGAUGGGCAAUGAUAUGAUCUUCACCUGGAAGGGCACAUCGCACUUGACCGACUUGGAGAAUUCGGAGUUCGGGCGCAAGCACCGCAUAAUCUCAACAGAGCGUAACGACCAAACUGGCAUACAAAUCUAUCUGGAAAUCGAUAAUCGCAAGUGCAUAGAUUGUUUCAACCGCGCCGCCGAAGCAGCUGAAUUCCUAGCAGCUUCUGCUGCCAAGUACACGCUCUCACCAAAGUUCCAAAUCUAUAGCGUGCGUGGCGUACAGAAUCCCGGCGAAGAUGUUGAGGAACGUCCGAGUAACGUCAAAUAUGUGCUUAUCGGCAUCAGUAUUGUAGUGUUCGCAUUCCUUGGCGUGUUGGUGACUACGCAACGUAAGCGCGCUCAUGGCAUUACCUGGUUCCCAGAAAAUUUCCGUACCACCACCGCCACAGCUGUGAAUCAUCAACGUCGUCGACGUGACACUGGGCAGGAGAUGCGUAAUUUGAAUAAGAAUCCCUCGAUCGCCUGCAUGAGCAACGAUGUCAACAUGAAUUCUGGUCAUAUGGGUCACGCGCCACAAUGGUCGGACGACGAAUCCGAACUGCCACCACAAAAACGCAUGCGCAACGAGCAUGGCGGUUAUGCUAGCGAUCAUACAAUGGUAACCGAUUAUGAGGAAGCUGAUCCACGCGUCUGGUCGCAAGCGCAUCUGGAGGUAGCUGAUGUACGUUCUUCCAUUAUGACACCGCCGGCACAUCAAGAUGGCAAACACGAUGUGGAUGUGCGUGGACCAUGCGGCAUGACACCACUUAUGGUGGCGGCCGUGCGCGGUGGCGGUUUGGAUUCCGGUGAGGACAUAGAGAACUCUGACGAUCAAACGGCGCAAGUGAUUUCCGAUUUGUUGGCACAGGGCGCUGAGCUCAACGCCACGAUGGACAAAACGGGUGAGACCUCUCUACAUUUGGCUGCACGUUAUGCGCGCGCCGACGCUGCUAAACGUUUACUGGAUGCUGGCGCUGACGCCAAUUGUCAAGAUAAUACUGGACGUACACCACUACAUGCCGCUGUGGCUGCCGAUGCAAUGGGCGUCUUCCAAAUAUUAUUGCGGAAUCGCGCCACCAACUUGAACGCACGCAUGCAUGAUGGCACCACGCCGCUGAUACUCGCCGCACGCUUAGCCAUCGAGGGUAUGGUUGAGGACUUAAUCACGGCCGAUGCGGACAUAAAUGCUGCUGAUAACUCGGGCAAGACAGCGCUGCACUGGGCAGCCGCUGUCAAUAAUACCGAAGCUGUGAAUAUACUGCUUAUGCACCAUGCCAAUCGCGACGCACAGGACGACAAAGAUGAAACACCACUCUUUCUGGCGGCACGUGAAGGCUCCUAUGAGGCCUGCAAAGCGUUGUUGGAUAACUUUGCCAAUCGCGAGAUCACCGAUCACAUGGAUCGUUUGCCACGUGAUGUUGCAUCCGAGCGUUUACACCACGACAUCGUUAUACUUUUGGACGAACAUGUGCCACGUUCGCCACAAAUGAUGGCCAUGACGCCACAGACAAUGAUCGGUUCACCGCCACCAGGCAGUCAAGCGCAAAUCAUCUCACAGCCCACUGUCAUUUCAUCGUCAAAACAGCCAGCACAAACAACAAAAUCGAAAGCGGCGAAAAAGGCAAAGCUAUUGGAGGGCAGCCCGGACAAUUUGCUCGACGGCGGCGGCAGUCUGCGACGCAAACCGGGCUCAAAAAAGGGGACAGGGGGCUCGGUGUCAAAAAAGGGCGGACAAAACGGCCUUACGGCAGCACAACUGCUGAAUGGCUUGGGUGGUGGACUGACAGCGCACGGCCAGGGGCUGGAGGGAGUGGAUCAACAGCAACUGCUGGAUGCCGGUCUCAGUGCAGUGGACUCGCCACCACUGUCGGGCCUAACAAGCCAACCGAGCCCAUACGACACGUCGUCCCUGUACUCGAACGCGAUGGCGGCGCCAACACAUCACCACAACGAUCUGCUGGGCAACAGCAACGGCGCGAAACAACCACCCAGUUAUGAAGACUGCAUAAAAAAUGCGCAGACAAUGCAAAGUUUGGUGCAACAACAGCAGCAGCAACAGCAAAAUAAUAUGGAUUUAAUUAAAAUGGAGAAUUAUGUGUACUCGCGUGGUUCGCCCUUUCAUCAGGAAAUGAUCAGCCAGAAGGCCAACAACCAGCAAAGCAUGAACUCGCUUUGCGGCGGUGGAGGUGGUGGCGGUCCCGGCAAUCUCGGUCACAACGGCCCUGGCAAUAUGGGCAACCACGAGCAGGGGCUGAGUCCGCCCUACUCCAAUCAAUCGCCGCCACAUUCCGUGCAGAGCAGCAUGGCGCUCUCGCCGCACGCCUACCUAGGUUCGCCGUCGCCCGUGAAAUCGCAUCCCAGUCUGCCCACCUCGCCCACACACAUGCAGGCCAUGCGACAUGCCACGCACCAGAAGCAGUUCGGCAAUAAUGUGAACUCGCUGCUGGGUGGCGCUGUGAACAACGCGAACAGCAAUUCGACGAACGGGCCACAGAGCAAUGCGUCGAUGAACUCGCCGCAAAGCAUGAGCUUUCAAUCGCCCAGCAGUCAGAGUUUAUCGCAACAAAAUUCACCGGUGAGUGUGGGCAUUGUCUCGCCAACCGGCAGUGAUGGCAUGAUGAUGGCGCCACAACAAACACAGCAACAGCAGCAGCAACAACAACAGCUGCAGCAACAACAACAGCAGCAUCAGCAGCAACAGAAUUCGAAAAGCAGUGCAAUAAUGCAAACUAUGCAACAACACCAGCAACAGCUUGGCAGCCUCGACUUCGGCUCGGCCGGUUUGGACUUGAACGGCUUUUGCGGUUCACCAGAUUCAUUUCACUCCGGCCAAAUGAAUCCGCCUUCGAUACAGAGCACUAUGUCGGGCUCCUCGCCCGCCACCAACAUGCUCUCGCCAUCCUCCCAGCACAAUCAGGCCUUCUACCAGUAUCUAACGCCGACGAGUCAGCACUCCGGUGGCCUGACGCCGCAACAUCUGGUGCAAACGCUCGAUAGCUACCCCACGCCCUCACCCGAAUCGCCCGGCCAUUGGUCGAGCUCAUCGCCACGCUCCACAUCGGACUGGUCGGAGGGCGUGCAAUCGCCAGCGGGCAAUAAUCUCUACAUCUCCGGCGGACAUCAGGCCAAUAAGGGUUCGGAGGCCAUUUACAUUUGACAAUAAGCACAGGUGACAGCGGUAAACGCUGCUGCUGUGCUGCGACGCGCGCCAAUGUGAGCGCACAUGAGUGUGUGUGUGUGUGUUGGGUAAACAUUCGCUAGCAUCCUAGCUUUAACGUUAUACAUACAGACAUACAUUUAUAGAAAUAUACUUACAUAUAACUAGUAGCAUUUAGUUUUGUACAAAACAAGAGACGAAAAUGUGCGUGUAAAAAGUGAAAAAAUAUUAUUAAAAAACUUUUCUAUAUUAUUGAUAAAAAUAUUUAAACGAGCAGUAGAGCACGAACGAACUGAAAGCAAAUGUGGCGUCAAUGUGGUGCUUGCGGCGCGCUUUAACAAUUACACAUACAAACAUACAUAUGUAUGUAGUUAUUAUUAUUAUUAUUGUUGUUGUUGUAUAUGGCAUGCACAGGCGCGACACCCGGCUGCAUGGAGACUUAGAUGCUUCCUUUUCAAAAAAGGAACUCAGCCAUAUUUUUUAAGUAUGCAUUUUAUUAACCAUACCUAUACAUACAUACAUACACACUUACUAUAUAUAAAUAUAGUUUACGCAUAAUUAUACAGUUAUAAAGCGCAUAUCUAAAUGCAGGCGUGUGUGGUGAGGCUUUAAAGCGUGCAUUGAUCCAAGAGCUGCGGUGCCUAUUGUAAAUUAUUGCUCUUUUUUAUUGUCUAAUACACCCACAAGCAUAUUAAUGUGCACAGCAACGAGCAAACGAACAAAAAUGCUUAAACUGAAAUUCGUUUAGGCUUUUGCUACACUAUACAUAUGCGCACACACUACUACAUACAUAGCAUACAAGUAAAUAAUUCCUUAGUAAUAUACAUACAUACAUAAUUACAUACCGUUAUUGAACAAGUAAAUCAAAAAAUCAGCUGCAAAAAAGAAACUCACAAUCGAAUCUCCUACCAGAGUAGUAAAUACAUAAACAUAAAUAUAUAUAUGCAUAAGUUUUAUGCAAACAAAAUUAGUUAUACACACACAUACAUACAUAUAUAUAGUAUAUGUAGUGUAAAAAACAGCAUACUCUUAAUAUGCAAACCGAAAAUAGUACCCCUUAUAAAUAUUAAGCGCACGUUUUGUGAAUAGCGACGAAAUUGCGGGGAAGGAAGUAAAGUUAUGGUGUUUUUUAAAUGUUAUAAUGCGUGUUGUUGUGGGUUAAUAAUUUUAUUUGAGAAGCAAUAGAAAUUAAAUUUGAAAUUUUUAAAUUUCUUUUGUUGGUAAGAGGCUUAGAAAUAUGAAAUAUUUUUUUGUGUAAGCAAUAAGCUUAAAAUUAUUUUUUUUUUUGUAAACAAAAAGCAUAAAUAUAAUCUUGGAAGUUUUUGUGCAACAUUAAACAACAACAAUUCAAAAAAUUUUAAAAUUAUAUUUACAAUUUAUAGUAUUUUAUAGCUUAAAACAAUAAUAUUUUAUUAUUUGGAAAACAACCAAAAAUAUAUUAUAAACUAAAAAGUCUUAUUGUGCGAAGGACCGCAUCUCUGUUACCCACAAACUUGUUGUUUUUGUAGUGACUAAAAAAUAUUCCUCAAAGAUCCUUUUGAAAAAGCAACAACAUGGCAGUAUUUCGCCUUAUAAAAACUUGGUGCCGCUGCGUUUGAGUAGAACCGAUUCCGUUCCCACGACAGUCGGGUCUAAGUAAUCGAAACGGACCUGGACUUUUAUCCGGCCAAGGUCCUCGAAAUUACUUCACGACUGUUUUCUGUCGCUACAACACAGCAGUAAUACUGGGAUAGCUUGUAUAACCAAAACUAUUACUGCUUGCUCCAAAAAUUAAAAAAAAUAUUAACCGAAACGCGUUAAAUUCUUUCAAAAUUUACACAAUUUUAUUUUUUGCUUCCUAAAUUUGAAUUGUAAACUAUAAUACACAUUAAAAAUAUCUAAAAUUAAAAAUUUGCACAAAAUGGCAAAUAAAAUUUCCAGCUGUCAUUCUACUUCCAAUUAAAAUUUCUGACACUUGCUUCGGUACUUCCAAAAUAAAAUUUUUAGCUCACAGCCCAACGCGAUCACCAAUUAUUAAUUGCCUAUUGUUAUUGAUAUUAGUGUUUUUUUAUUGAAAGUUCAUUUGUUUAAAUUUGCAAAAAAUGUGUAAAAAAGAUUUUAAUUAGUUUAAUAUAAAAGUGAAAAGUGAGCAGCACAAAAACAAUUAGUAUUACAAAAUUUUACAAGCAUGCGGCAAACUGAAGACACACUAGACUUAUUUUAUCAUAAAAAAUUAAAACAAAUUAACAUGAAAGCAACGCUGCGCUGCAUUGGCGAGCGUUAAAUAAAUGUAUAAUUGCUGCUAGUAUAAAAUGUUAGCCAUAAGUGCGCUGAAACUCUUCCAAUAUUGUUAGGUAUUACAAUUUUGUAUUUAAAAGUAAUUGCAUAAUAUAAUUUUUUUUUAAUGAAAUUAUAAUUAAAAAUAGCAAUGAAGCGUAAAACAAAUAAUUUUAACAAAGUGCUUAUAAGCAAUGUGCGCUAGCAAAAGCAACUGUAAAAAGUAUCUCAUGUCUAUGACUUAAGUAUAACUAAUACGUUUAGCGGUAAGUUGUCUAAAAAAAGUAGUAAAAAUCAGCAUAUUAUGUAAUAGCAAUGUGCGUAAUAUUUAAAUAUAUAUAAAUAUUCAGUGUUUUAAUGUAAAUUAAACGAAAUUAAUUGCGAAUUAUUAAUGUUUAGUAAAUAUUAAAAACAUGCUGUAAUUGGUGAACAAUUUUUUAAAUUAGUUUAUAGUUAAUUUUAUUAAUGAAUACUCUAAGCAUUAAUUUUUGUAUUUCUUCUGCGUUAAAGCGUUAUUUAUAAAGUAGUUGUAGUUCAAAUUGUUGUAGUAGACGCCGUAAUUUAAGUAAUUUUUUAAUUGGAAAUUGAAAUUAUGUGCGUUACAACUACAAAAACACAUUUAUGCAUAAUUAUGUACACUUUGCAAUUAUUGACUGUGUGAAUAUGUCGCUUAUAAUGAACGCUCUGCGCACAAGACAACAAGACAUGCAACAUAAAAGACAUAAUUUUAUUUAAAAUUAAUUAAUGUGCUCUUUUAGCAUUUAAAUAGUGAUUUAGUGAUUUUUUUAUAUACAUAUAUACGAAAUACACCGUCAGUAGUACUGUUUUAUUGCUAAAUAAUUUUUAUUUCUAUGCGUCACGUUUGCAGAGCCUCAAAUAUGCUCUAAGAAUUUAUUAAUUAUUAUUUUUGUAAUAUGACUCGUAUCUCUUGUUGGCGCAUACACUUGCGAAAAAGCUUUAAUUUAGUUAACUUUUUGUUUUCUGUUUUGUUUUUUUGUUUUUAACGCGUCUACGCUGCUCAUUGUCCGCUGUCCAACAUUUUCUGUUCCCUUUAAUGCUUUUGACUUUAUAAAAAAAUAUCGUGGUAACUAUUUUUAUUUCGUCAUGUUUUACAAUGCGUUUGCAUUUAAUAUAGAUCAUGUAAAAUAGUGCUUUGCAAAGUAUAUUUUAAGUUUUCUGUAGCAGUAGUUAUAACGAAUUAAGCAAUUAAGCGAAAAUCUUUAAAAAGACAUUAAUAAAACAUUACAUAUUUUUAUAAAAUAAA